GAAUUAAAGAAAUGGAGAAUCUGAAUUCGAUAAAGCCGAGUUAACCUAUACGUGUUUCCUCCACGGAGAAAUAAAGAUAGAAAGUCGACUCGCGGUGUAUAAUCCUUGCAAAUUUAUGAUUCUAGUACAAUAAUAUAUAUAUUAACAACGAGUAUUUAUCCUAAUUGCGUGCGUUUAACACCAAUUACAACGAAAAACAAUAUCGUCAAGGAUAAGUAUACUUUUAUCGCGUCUAAACAAAUAUACGAACCAAUUCUUUCGAUCGUUUAUCGUUUAUUUUCUCUAAAAGCAAAAGAAAGACAGGACUCGAUGGAUGACAGGACUCGACGCGGAAGUUGAUGUGGCGCGAUAACGAAGGGGAAACGAGAUCUGGAAUAAGAGUUGGCAUUCGGAUGCUCGGUUGGAGAGGCGGCGACAACCCGCUUCUUUCCCAUUUGCUUUCGAAACUUUCGCUCAUUGUUAAACGGCUUCACGCUCGAAUUCUCUACGUGGACAUCCCGUUUCGAUCUCGAUUCGACCGACCGUGCGCGACGACAAUCGCGCGUGGAAAAAAGCGUUAUGGCUUUUAAAGUGGGGGAUCGUUCCCAAUGCGAUUUGCAUUCGAAUGGUGCGGGUACCGUUAUCGUAUAAUUGAACGAGUUUGUGAACGAUUAGUGAACGAUAUCGAUGAAAUUGAGGAAGAAAAAUGGUGGUGAAAUUCGAUCAUCGAAUAGGAAGAAAGUGGAAAGUGGGAUCGUGAUGAAUUUAAUUCGAAGCUCGACUAUACGAAAAUUGUGGCGUAUAUGCGAUAAAAAAACAAAUUUGGCAACGCGUUUCAUAAAAACAGCGGUUGCAAGCGGCAAGAUUGUUGUUGCGUCGCGGAAAUGAAACAUCGGUGACAUCGAUCAGUGUUAUGCAAAUUUUAUGCAGUAAUAUUCCAGCUUCCGUAUUCUCCUCAUUUAAAUUCACGUGCCUCUUUUUUCUCUCUCUCUAAAAAAAGAAAAUUCAAAAGGUAUCGCGCAAGAGUGUUUCGUUGCAAUUCGAGGUGAAUACAUUUUUUCGAAGAAUCAGAAUUAUAUAUUUUUCGAAAUAUCCUUUUCGGAAUAUUUGAAUUUCGACAACUGUGAAGUUGCUUCCUCGUUCGAGUACGCGUAACACAUCGAAAACUUUCUACGCACAAUACGAAUCAUCGUUCUCGAAAUCCAAUACAAAUCGAACCGAACCUCUCGUUCUCUCGAAUACGGUUAUAAAUAUUGAAAAUGGGGAAUUUUCGCGUUUUAUCGCGCGUUUUAAAAAAAGGAAGAGAAAUAAAAGAGGAGAAUUCACGAGAGAGAGACGGGAGAGCGACGCAAGUCGGCAAGACCCACGUCACGUCGCGUCCAUCGGAGGUGGGGUGCCGUUCGUCGUUCGGUUUCACGGCGAACAUCGAAGGCAGCGAGCCGCGGCGAGCGAACCGAGCCAGUCAACCUGAAACCGCGAACAACCGCGACAUCGCGUGUCUCGUUGCUCCGCGCGCGCACCCGAUGGCGCCAGCCCUCCACCGUUUAAACGGCUCCCGUAAACACUGCGAUUUCGCCGCGAUGGCCAGCGCGAUGGCCGCACAUUGCGAUUCACGCCGCGCAAAUUCGAUCUUCUCGCGGCUGUGAUGCGUUGGUUAAAGUGUACGUAACAAAUCCGCGGAUGAUUUUUCGUUUCACGAAAUCGAGGCCAGAGAGAAAAUAAUAACGAAAGUUGGGAAGAAUUAUCGAAAUCCACCGACCUUGGGAGGAAAAGAAGCGAAGGAAAUCUCGAGGAGGGGAGAACGGAAGAGAUCGGAUGGAAAGCGAGGCGAGCUUCGAUCGAUCGUCUCGAGGAAGAGGAGAACCGGAAUCGGCGAAAGCUCGAUUCUUCCAAGUUCAAAGGAUAAGAAGUGUUGGUGUUUUGCUUUCGCGUUGCUUAUCCGUGGAAAGUCAAACGUGUGUUGGAGGAAAAGCGUGAGGCGAGGGAAGGAGAGAAGGGAAGGACACACACGGAGACUUGUUGCACGCCGCGGACUUUCACAUCGGCUCUGUUCUCUCGAUUACAAAAAUUCACCAUUCGGUCGACACUCUCGAGAGUAUACGAGGAAUGAAUCGAUUAUUUCGAUCGAUCGAUCGAUCGAUCGAUGGAUCGUUGAUGAAAAUUGUAAACGCGCGUGAAACGUGGUGAGAGGGGAGGGGAGAAGAUGGUGGUACGCGGUGCAAGUGUAGCCAGCGGGCUACGACGCGAUUGUUCGAUUGUCUUUAUAUAAUCGGGAGAACGGAUGGAAUUUUCUUGUUGUUGUUGUUGUUGGACGUGAAAGAAAGAAAGAAAGCAAAUGGGUGGAUCUAUGAGGGGAGGAGACGGUUGAAAUUUUUUCAGUGAAAUCGUCGAAGCGAAGUUUUUUCUUUCUUUCUCUUUUUUUUUUUGGCAAAUCGUCUCUUCCGAUUAUCGAGAAAGUGAUUUGUAAGUUAUGGGAUUAAAUGGAUACAAAAAUUAUUGAAACGUAAGCGAGUAUAUGAAUAAACAGGUGAAAUAUGAUAGAAGAAAGAAGAUAGAAGAAAGUUAAGAUUCUUAAAAAAAAAAAAAAAUUUGAGCCAAAGCUAGAAGAUACUUUGCUUUCACCAAAAUAUAUCCAUCGUGAGAAACUUUAAGUAGCUCGUUCUCUAAUCGAAUCUCUCUUGGCAAUGAACGUUCAAUAAACCGAUUAUCGAUUAAUACUUGGAGCAUUCUUUCAAGAAUCCCCUGUCACGUAUCGAGGAAAAUUUACACGAAUUCGCAAAUCGUCGAUACGUAAAUUUCAACGCAAAGUAUUUAAGAAUUUGAUCGAUCGCGAAACGAAGCUUCGAGAGAGAUGAAUUAUUUCGGAGGAGCUGUGGCAAAAAGUUAAGGAAGGGAGGAAAAACGAGACGCGAAACGAGAAGAAACAAAGAUAAGAUAAGAAUCGGGGAUAAAUAGAGAGAAAUACAGGAGGAGGGAAGAAAACGUGGAGGAAAUCGAUACAGUGAUCAAUGGCGGAAAAUUGGGCGGCGGACACGUUUAUUGGCUGUGGCGGCCAUAAUAACUACGCGAUAAUAACGCGCAUUAUAUUCACGGCUCGUGCGUCAUAAGGCUUCAGACUGUCGGCACGGCGGUGACAUCGAUUCACCAGGCUGUCCAACGCGGUUAAAAUCUAAUUAUUCGAGAGCGGCCUCGUGUGAUGCGCCUCGAAACGAAAACGCGAAUUCACUCGCGCGGAGGAAGCCGAAUCCGUGGAACGCCGACUUCUUCCAUCUCUUUCCUUUCGUGCAUCGUCGAUCGUGUCCGCGGUGCGGUGCUGUGUUGGUGAUCAGUGUGAUGCGUGUCAAAAUUGGUUUUGGAAUCAUGUCACUUGGGAACACAAAUCAGGUCUGUUGGAUACCGAAAUGUAUCUCGGAUAAUUAAGACGUUUUCGAUAUUUACGAGACAAACCAAAGAAUAUUGUGAUAAUCAGGUAAUUAGAGACGGUGGUGUAUACCUUGUUAUAUGAAAUAAAAAAAAAAAAGAGAUAAAAAGUAUGAAAGUGAGCGAGGGAGUGAUAAACAGCGAGGCCACAUUCUGUGAUAAAAGUGAUUGGUGGUGAUCAGUGAAAGUAAUCAUGUUCAUGAUGAUCGAGCCAAGAAGCGACAGGGUGGUCAACACCCAAACGAAACAUCACUGUUACCAAGUAAUCAGAACCACCAAGGUGCACCAGAGCUCUAAGAGUUCCAGGAUUGUCACCGUUCAGGAGAAGGUGAUCAGAUCGCGGCUGCAGAUGGGCUAUUCCACGCCUACCAAUUUCAUCAACCGUUUCCCGCAAAAGAUGGAGAGGCCGUCGCAGCACACGGCAAACGUGAGCCAAAUGCACGGAAGCGGUAUGCACGGCGUGUACUCGUCGAGCAGUCAAACAUCCCUGACCACGUCUUAUAUCACGGGCCAAUCGUACGUCCAGAGCCAGAACUACGGCGCUCACGGCGUACCUUACAAUUCAACGUCCAACGUGAGGGUGUACGCUCACGCGGGAUACAAUCAGCCGCAAAGCUACGGCACCAUGGUGCAGGGGUACGGCGGCCAGCCGCAAGCUACAGGGUAUCAACAGAAUCACCUUAAAAAAGGACCUGUACGUAACGGAGACGUGCUGAAGAGAUGCAGGCUACAGAAUGCGUAUGAAUUAUCUCAGGAUCUGCUGGACAAACAGAUAGAGAUGCUGGAAAGGAAGUACGGCGGCGUGAAGGCGAGAAAUGCUGCACUGACUAUUCAAAGAGCUUUUAGGAGAUACACUCUGUUAAAGAAAUUCGCUGCUAUCACAGCCAUGGCGAAAGCAGAGAAACGGCUUAGCAGAAAGCUCCAAGAGACAUCGGAGAGAGUUUCAAACGCAAACGAGCACGAGAGGAUGGUUUAUCACAGUCAAAUUUAUAUACAACAACCGCAGACAGCAAACAGGCCAAUGCCUAUCAGAAGCAUGUCUCUGAGAGAGAGGAGGCACGUGGAGAACUCGCAGUCACCGAUACCGAGGAGCCAAAGCGGCAGGUGCGAAGUUCAAAUAGCUGGUCAUCCACACGCGAAUCACAAUAUACAUCAGAGUGGCAGACACACGCCCUCUCUGGCUCCCAGCCCUUGCAAUAGACACCAACAAUUGCCACCGAGUCCGUGCUGGGAGUCCAGCUCCCAGGAAAGCGGAUCUAGUAUGCAUUAUUACAAUCCGCAGGAAACACUAUGCAGCAUCAGACAAGAGACACCGCCGAGAGAUCUAUUACGAACACCGUGCACAUCACCAUCGACGCCUCAUAAUCUUCAAACACAGGUGGUUCAAAAUUGGAACAGCGCUGGUCAUCUUGGUUCCGCGGGUAGAACGAGAGGAUCGGCGAAAAAAGUACCGCCGGAAGUGCCAAAAAGAACGUCUUCCAUUACGUCCAGAUCUAUGGAACCACGUCACAAUGGUCUUAGUAAAAGCGUUGAAAAUGGUAGCCUAAGUUCGGUUCAGAGUUCUGGAAGCGAUUCCACUAAUUGCGAGAGUUCUGAAGGAGACGCUCAAAGAGGAUCACCUGUGUGGAAGCAUAAAGGAAUCUCAAGUUCACCAGAGCAUCAGGAGUGCACUAACCAUACUACAGAUUCUAACGCUAUGAUAAAUAGCGUAAAAGAUCUUGGUCAUUCACAUGCCAGUUCCGGUUAUCAACUUCCACUCAUGGAUCAUCCGGAAAAUAUACCUCAAACAAGCUAUAAAGUAUCGGAAACGGUUAGGAAACGUCAAUAUCGAGUGGGCUUAAAUUUAUUUAAUAAGAAACCAGAACGUGGGAUUAGUUAUUUGAUCAGAAGAGGUUUCUUGGAAAAUAGCCCCCAGGGUGUGGCUAGAUUUUUGAUUAGUAGAAAAGGAUUAUCCAAACAAAUGAUAGGAGAAUAUCUUGGAAAUCUUCAAAAUCCCUUCAAUAUGGCUGUACUUGAAUGUUUUUCGCAUGAAUUGGACCUAUCAGGAAUGCAAGUAGAUGUUGCCUUGAGAAAAUUUCAAGCAUACUUUCGAAUGCCUGGCGAAGCUCAAAAGAUAGAGAGAUUAAUGGAGGUAUUUAGCCAACGUUAUUGCCAAUGCAAUCCCGACGUAGUAUCCAGGCUACGCUCAGCAGACACUGUCUUUGUAUUGGCCUUUGCAAUAAUCAUGCUGAAUACUGAUUUGCAUACACCAAAUUUAAAACCAGAACGUAGAAUGAGGCUGGAUGAUUUUAUCAAGAAUCUUAGAGGAAUAGAUGAUUGUGGAGAUAUUGAUAAAGACAUAUUAGUUGGAAUUUAUGAGAGAGUGAAGGAAAAUGAAUUUAAACCUGGCUCAGACCAUGUUUCUCAAGUAAUGAAAGUUCAAGCGACGAUAGUUGGUAAAAAACCUAAUAUGGCUUUACCACAUAGAAGAUUAGUUUGUUACUGCAGAUUGUACGAGAUCCCAGAUAUUCAUAAAAAGGAAAGACCGGGUGUACAUCAACGGGAAGUAUUUCUCUUCAAUGAUCUUCUCGUUGUAACAAAGAUCCUGAGUAAGAAGAAAAACAGUGUUACUUACACAUUUAGACAAAGUUUUCCAUUGUGCGGAAUGGUGGUCACACUGUUUGAAGUUCCUCAUUAUCCGUAUGGAAUUAGACUCUCCCAACGCGUGGAUGGAAAAGUAUUGGUCACAUUCAAUGCGAGAAACGCACACGAUAGAUGCAAAUUUGUUGAGGAUCUUAGAGAAUCUAUCAGUGAAAUGGACGAGAUGGAAACCUUACGGAUUGAGACGGAACUAGAACGACAGAAAAGCAGUAGAAGCGCCAGAGGUGGUGCUGAAAAUAGAGAUUCUGGAGUAGCAGACGUUGAAAUAUGUCCUUGCCCAGGGCCUUGUUCCGAAAGAUCGGAAACUACCGACAUGGACACUCAAUUGAAACGUUCUGCACUUAGUAAUUCUCUUUUGGAUAUACAUGAACAAUUUGCUGGUGAAAAACCACAGCGACGUGGAAGCGUGGGUUCACUUGAUAGUGGUAUGUCGAUUUCUUUUCAAUCUACAUCUGCCAGCUCAAUGAGCCAAGGCAUUAAACAUCCUGGACAAGUUCAUCCUAUACAUCCAGGGGCUACAAUCCCUGGUGGUGUUAAAGGACUGGCUCAGCAGCCAUCUUUUUUAGGAGGUCUAUUCACCAAACGAGAACGAAAACUUUCACAAUCGGAGGAAUCCAGCCCAUACAGUCGCACUACAGAAGUGUAAUAUAUCCUUUCGGUACUAUCUAAGAAAUAACAGACCGAAUGAAAUUCCUACAAAAAAAAAAAACACAUAGAAUAAUAUUAUCUUACAUAUAGUAUAUUUCAAAUACAUAGAAUGUAGUAUUCAAAAUUUCAUGAGAAAAUAAUGUUUGAAAUAUUUUCUAUAUAUUUAUAUAUAUCAUAGCUUUCAUUAUAAUGCUAUUAUGGCUAUGAUACUAUAUAUAAUUAUGUAGACUAUACUAAAAAUAUUAAAUCUUGAAUAUACACAUUUUCUUGUGAAAACUUGAAUAAUAUAUUUCAAGUAUUUGCUGCCAAACAUGACUGGAUAAUUCAAAUGUCCAGUCUUCUUAUCAGAUGGAACACAUGAAUUCUUUUGCUUUCGAUUUUAAGGAAGCAAAUGGAUUUAUGGUGCUUUUAUACGUGAUUAAAGAAGCCAACUUAUCUUCAAGAUAAAGAAAAAAAGACAAGUGAUUCCCUAGUUAAAAUUCAAAAGCGUGCUUCAGGAAGCAACGCAAUGAAGGAAAAGAAAAAGAAAUAAAUAAAAUGCAACAAAAAAUAAGAAAGAUCUAAAAAUAAAAAAAGACCUAAGCAAUUGAAUGUAUAAAUUUAUUAGAUUGGGCAGGAUCCAAUCACAGUCAAAACAUAAAAAAAAAUAAAUUUGGCACGUGUAUAGUAUUUAUUCAUUCAAAAGUGAAAAAAAAAAACAUUGAUUUGAUUCAUUUUUCUUAUACUAUUUAUAAUUAUUUCUAAUAGAGAGUUGUAUUCCCUUUAUGUAUGUAGAUAAUGUUUAGUUGGUUACUUAGACCUUAUAACAGUUACUGAUAAAUCAAGAUUAUUAAAUAAUGAAUUAAAAGAAUCUUUUUAAUAAUUUAAAGAAAAAUUAAAGAAAAAAAAAAAAUAAAAAAGGAAUCGUUUAUGGAAAAAGAGUGGUUCUAGUGUAAUAUCGUGUUUUUUUCGAGCAAGUAUGGAUGUAGCUAUACUUGAACGAUUGUAUA